CGGGCCCGCCCCCUCGGGCGGGAAGGGGGAGGCGCCGAGGCUGCCUGACUGGAAUGAGGGUAGCUGCGGCGACUGCGGCGGCGGGAGCGGGGCCGGCCAUGGCGGUGUGGACGCGGGCCACCAAAGCGGGGCUGGUGGAGCUGCUCCUGAGGGAGCGCUGGGUCCGAGUGGUGGCGGAGCUGAGCGGAGAGAGCCUGAGCCUGACGGGCGACGCCGCCGCGGCCGAGCCCGAGCCCUCUCUGGGGCCGGCUGCGGGCGCCUUCAACGGCCUCCCUAACGGCGGCGGCGCCGGCGACUCGCUGCCCGGGAGCCCGAGCCGCGGCCUGGGGCCCCCGAGCCCGCCGGCGCCGCCGCGGGGUUCUGCGAGCGAGGCGGGCGCGUCGCCGCCCGUACGCCGGGUCCGGGUGGUGAAGCAGGAGGCGGGCGGCCUGGGCAUCAGCAUCAAGGGCGGCCGCGAGAACCGGAUGCCGAUCCUCAUCUCCAAGAUCUUCCCGGGGCUGGCGGCCGACCAGAGCCGGGCUCUGCGGCUGGGCGACGCCAUCCUGUCGGUGAACGGCACCGACCUGCGCCAGGCCACCCAUGACCAGGCCGUGCAGGCGCUGAAACGCGCGGGCAAGGAGGUGCUGCUGGAGGUCAAGUUUAUCCGAGAAGUAACACCAUAUAUCAAGAAGCCAUCCUUAGUAUCAGAUCUGCCAUGGGAAGGUGCAGCUCCCCAGUCACCAAGCUUUAGUGGGAGUGAGGACUCUGGUUCUCCAAAACACCAGAACAGCACCAAGGACAGGAAGGUCAUCCCUCUCAAAAUGUGCUUUGCUGCUAGAAACCUAAGCAUGCCGGAUCUGGAAAACAGAUUAAUAGAGCUACAUUCUCCUGAUAGCAGGAACACGUUGAUCCUACGCUGCAAGGACACAGCCACGGCACACUCCUGGUUCGUAGCUAUCCACACCAACAUAAUGGCUCUCCUCCCACAGGUAUUGGCUGAACUCAAUGCCAUGCUUGGUGCAACCAGCACAGCAGGAGGCAGCAAGGAGGUCAAGCACAUUGCCUGGCUGGCAGAACAGGCAAAACUAGAUGGUGGAAGACAGCAAUGGAGACCCGUGCUCAUGGCUGUGACUGAGAAGGACUUGCUGCUCUAUGAUUGUAUGCCGUGGACAAGAGAUGCCUGGGCAUCGCCAUGUCAUAGCUACCCUCUUGUCGCUACAAGAUUGGUUCAUUCUGGCUCUGGAUGUCGAUCCCCUUCUCUUGGAUCUGACCUUACAUUUGCUACCAGGACAGGCUCUCGGCAGGGUAUUGAGAUGCAUCUCUUCCGGGUGGAGACACAUCGGGACCUGUCAACCUGGACAAGGAUACUUGUUCAGGGUUGCCAUGCUGCUGCUGAGCUGAUCAAGGAAGUCUCUCUAGGCUGCAUGUUAAACAGCCAAGAGGUAAGACUCACAAUCCACUAUGAAAAUGGGUUCACUAUCUCCAGGGAAAAUGGUGGCUCCAGCAGCAUAUUGUACCGCUACCCCUUUGAAAGGCUGAAAAUGUCUGCUGAUGAUGGCAUCAGAAAUCUAUAUCUGGAUUUUGGUGGUCCAGAGGGAGAACUGACCAUGGACCUGCACUCUUGUCCGAAGCCGAUUGUAUUUGUGUUGCACACGUUCUUGUCAGCCAAAGUUACUCGUAUGGGACUGCUUGUAUGAGCAGCAGAAAAUCAGUAAAGAGCCUUGACUGUCACAAGAAGUAUUUCCAUCUCCAAAAAAAAAACACAGAACAAAAAGCACAAAAAGAAAGCUCUUCGCUCUCUGCUCUCUCCGCCAGCACAGUGCCUUCCCAAGGACCUGCAGAUAACUGCUGAACCAUAACCGUGUUUAAGAAGAGCCUGCCUUUCACAGUCUACCUUGGCCAGAAAUUCUAAGACUCUAAUAAGCUCCAAAA